UUUAUUUUGUCAUCCCAUUUUCAUUUCCCCUUCCCCAUGCUUGCUCCGUAAUUCAAAAAUCAAUCAACUUUGAAAUUUUGCAAGAUUUGGGAUGAAAUCUGCUCGAAUCCUGCUUUCUAGGCUGUGGAUUUUGAUGGGUCUCAUUUCUUUUCACUUUGAAUCUCUUCAUCUUCUUCACCCUUCUUUCAACCCCCAGGACAAAUAACACAAGUCACCCACCCCCAUCUUCUUUUUUCUCAAUCCCAUUUCUCUCUCAAUAUCAUAAUUUGGAUCUAGAGAACAGGAACAAUGGGCAUGGCAGCUGAGUCCCAGUUUCAUGUUCUUGCUGUUGAUGACAGUAUCAUUGAAAGAAAGCUUAUUGAAAGGCUACUCAAAACCUCUUCAUAUCAAGUUACCACAGUUGAUUCAGGCACCAAAGCUUUAGAAUUUCUGGGUUUACAUCAAGAUGAAACAAUCAACCCAAAUACACCAUCUGUUUCUCCUAACAAUCACCAGGAAGUUGAAGUGAAUCUUGUCAUUACAGAUUACUGUAUGCCUGGCAUGACUGGCUAUGAUUUGCUCAAGAAAGUCAAGGAAUCUUCAUCUCUAAGAAACAUACCAGUGGUUAUCAUGUCAUCUGAGAAUGUCCCUUCAAAGAUCACCAGAUGUUUAGAAGAAGGUGCUGAGGAAUUCUUGUUGAAACCGGUGAGGUUAUCCGAUUUGAAUAAACUUAGGCCCCAUAUGUUGAGAACCAAAUUAAGGGAUCAUAAUCAGAAACAAGAGAAGCAAGAAGAAAAAACAGCCUUUCAAUCACCAAAACAACAGAAAAUUGAACAGAACCUGCAGCAGCAGCAGCAACAAUGCAACACUAACAAGAGAGGCCAUAGAUGAAAGGCUUUCACCUCUGAGGAGAACUAAAUAAAGUUGCAUCAUAACUGUGUUUUUCUGUCUUUUUUU